AUUGGAUUUUUAGGUCCCUCAAUGCAGAACCAGAUCUUCCAAACCAUAUUAUGGAAGAAGAGGCAUUGACGUACAAAGUGCUGGCAAAGGGCAGUAAACGAGGCGGUAAACUACUGGUGACCAGCAAUGGCUAUUCUAUGGAGUAAAGAAAGCCAACAAGAAGUCUACGUUGUGGACGUGUAGUGUUCGGUCAACAAAGAUGCGAUGCCAUGCAACUGUCAGUCAACAUGGUGACCAUUUCAAACCAGGUCUACAAGAUCACGCGCACCCCGCUGACUUAAGACUGGCCGUCAAAGCAGAGUUAUCGGCAGUGAGCAAGCAUCUGAUGGAGCUUGAUCCUCACCGGCGAGCCAUGGAAGUAGUGACGCAUGUGAUGACCAAUCAUAUCCCGGAAGAACAGCGGUUCCUGGCCCCAAAACAGAAACUGUUAAAGCGGGCUCUGAACCGUCACCGAGCCAAGAAUAGGCCAGAGGAACCAACCAAUUUAGACUUUGUGCUUGACACAGAAUACCUGAAGUGUGCUGACUUUUUGCUGGCCGACAUCCGAGUGGGCGACCAAAGACACAUAAUCUUCGCCACGGAAUACCAGCGUAACCUACUUUGCCAUGCUAUGCGCUGGUUCAUGGACGGUACCUUCAAGGCGAGUGUACACUGAAUAAUGCACCUAAAAUUAUUAUAAUUUGUUUCUUUAUUUCAGGCUGGCACCACAAGCUGAAUACUACCGUUAGAUAUGGUGGCUGCUCCAUCUACGUUCUUGUACCAACCUUGAUGACUGAAGCAGAGAUCGUCGCUAUCACAGUAGCUGCCGACGACCUUGAUCGUGAUGUCGCAACCAAAUACACCAAGUUGGAGGAAAAGAUACAAUCCCUGUGGGACAAAUACAUGGGGAAUGAAGUAUCCACAACACAUUUCUUAAAGUCAGUGUCCAGAUUGUACGGACCGUCCGACAACAUGACGGCAGACUUAGUUGUCGGAUUGUAUGGGGAGUGAAGUGGAUAGUGUUAUCAAAUAGACGAUGAAGUCUGUUACGGACAUUAAAUUAAG